AUGAUCCAUUGUUUGUUUUUAAUUAGCAGAUAGGGUAAAACAAGACUUACUAAAUGGUUUUCACAAUCCUUUACUAACAAGGAAAAGACUCGUUAUUUAAAAGAAAUUAACUCAAUUGUAUUGACAAGAAGCAGUCGUUUGUGCAAUUUCUUAGAAUGGAAUGAAUACAAAAUAGUUUAUAAAAGAUAUGCAAGUCUUUAUUUUAUUACAAUUGUUGAUAAAGAAGAAAACGAAUUGGGAAUUUUAGAAAUUAUUCAUCAUUAUGUUGAAGUGCUUGAUAAAUAUUUCGGAAACGUGUGCGAAUUAGAUCUUAUUUUUAACUUCCAUAAGGCCUAUUUCAUUUUAGAUGAAUUAAUGGUAGCUGGACAUAUUAUGGAACCUAGCAAAAAAGUAAUCCUAAAAGCCAUAUAAUCAUAAGAAGCAUUUGAAGAAGAAAAUGCCGAAACAGGAAAAAAGUGA